AUGAUAGUUUACAGAAAACGUCAAACUUUAACACUAAGAAAUAUUGAAGGCAGUUUUACGUUGUCAAAUUUUUAUGAAUUUGUUAAUACAUAUAAAAUUACACAUCAUUUAGCACCAGAAGCUGAAAAAGCAUUUGAUGUAUUAAUUAAUUCCUUAAAUGAAUAUUUUGAUCUCAUUGAAAAUGUCACUAAUGAAGAUAUUGAAGAAACUCUUAUUAAAUGGUAUACAAACGCAACAAUUGGACAAGUUGAUAUUAUACGAGCUAAAAGUGAAUAUUUUGGUACACCUGUAUUUAGUGAUAUAGUGAUCAACAUGAACGAAGAAGAAGCAGAAGAUUAUAAUACAUUCAAUGGAAUGUGUUUUGCAAAGCUUUUAAUGUUAUUCGGUCUAAAAAUUCCAGGUCAUGAGGAGCAAUAUUUAGGUUUGAUCCAGUGGUAUGACUUUAAAAACAAUAAUCCACAUAAAUUAUUUAAAUACGAUUGCCCACUUGUAAAAAUUAUUCCAAUGUAUACUAUUGUAUCGAUUGAUUCUAUUGUUGAGCCUGUUCACGUUAUUCCACGAUUUGAAAAUAAAUUCAGUAUAGCAAAAAAUGCUGGAUUGCUAAUAGAAUAUAAUAUGGAGAAUGGUCCAACUCCUUUACGGGAUGUUAUUUCAGACAAUAUAUAUAUUAAGAACUUUAAUAUGUUACAGGAAAAUAAUUUAAUCUUUGUAGAUCAAAUAACAACAUUGGAUAAAAACUAUUUGCUAUCGAUUGAGGAAAUGGAACUAAAAAGAUAUACAAAACUAAUUAGUACAAAACGCAUGUCACAAGAACAUAGAAAAUCUUACGAAAGGAUAAUAAUAGAUCUUUCUUGCUCUAAGAUUAGUUUCAAGAUUAAAACACAAAUUCAUGAUAAUAUGUUAGCUUUAGAUGAAAUAUAUAAUUUAAAAGGGACAAUUCUUUUACCAGCUACAAUUUUACCUGAAAAAGGCGCGACAAUUGUUUCACGAUUGACUAGGGGGAAAUUUCAGAAUCGUACAGUCUUUGGUAGAGUAAUUAAAACAAAUGUGGAUAACAAGAUAAUAUACUUUAAUCACUUUGAAACAUUAACAGAUGAUUUUGAGAAAAAUAUUAUAUUAAGAAAAUGCGAAGGCUGUGAAUUGGGAACCUUAAAUGCUGAAGUGUUCAAAAAGAAAGUUCAAAGUAAAUGUUUAAUUAUAGAACGUAUAGAUAGUACCUUUUUGCUUUCACCAAAUAGAUGGAAUAAAUAA